AUGCGCCACCUCCGCCGUCUCCGCGCUCCGCCCACCCUCUCCGACCACGCCGACGCAGAGCACCACUACUCCCAAAUCCUCCAGCGAUGCGCCCACACCUCAAACCUCCUUCUUGGAAGCUCCAUCCACGCCCACAUCCUCAAGCUCCCCCUCCUCACCUCCUCCCUCUUCCUCCAAAACCACCUCCUCAACAUGUACUUCAAGUCCUCCCCCUCUCCCUCCCUCCCUCUCCAACUGUUCGACGAAAUGCCGCACCGAAACAUCGUCUCCUGGUCCGCUUCCAUCGCUGGCCUUGUUCAGCUCCACUACCCUGACCAUGCUCUCCUCCUCUUCGCCCAAAUGCGCCGCGCUGGCAUCAUUCCCAAUGAGUUCACUCUCGUCAGUACACUCAACGCCAGCUCCCUCACUGACAACGCCGCCCAAUCUUAUCGGAUAUACGCCCAUGUCAUCAAGCUCGGCUUCCAAUCCAAUCUCUUCUUGCUCAACGCUUUCCUCACUGCUUUGAUCCGGAGCGGAAGGUUUGAUGAAGCCGUGGAGUUGUUCGAAAAGUCCAACGAAAAAGACGUGGUUUCUUGGAACUCCAUAAUCUCUGGGUUCUUGCAGGUUGAAAGCUCGGAACUUUGGGCGUUUUGGUGCAGAAUGAAUCAAGAGGAAGUGAUUCCAGAUGAGUUCUCGUUCAGUAGUAUUCUCGCAGGAUUGGCCAAAGUUUCGAUUUUUAUGGCGGGAAUUCAAGUUCAUGGUCAGCUUGUGAAGUCUGGAUUUGGAGAUGAUGUAUGUGUGGGCAAUGCACUGGCAGACAUGUACUUAAAGAAUCAAGCACUUGUGGAUGCUCUCAAGGUAUUCGAUGAAAUGCCGCAAAGAGAUGUAGUUUCUUGGACUGAGAUGGCUUCCGGUUGUUUACUCUCCGGACAACCCUCAAAAGCUCUUGAUCUUAUUAGAAGGAUGAAAUCUGCAGGGAUUAUGCCGAACAAGUUCACUCUAGCAACAAUGUUCAAUGCAUGUGCGAAUCUGUCAUCAUUGGAAGAAGGGAAGAAGGGACAUGGCUUUAGAAUCAAACUCGGUGUCAAUGUCGAUGAAUGUGUUGAUAAUGCGCUUGUUGAUAUGUAUGCAAAGUGUGGAUCAAUGGAUUGUGCAUGGAGGGCAUUCCAAUUGAUGAGAGACCGGUCGGUUAUCUCUUGGACGACGAUGAUCAUGGGGUUCGCAUUGAAUGGCCUUGCUUGUGAAGCUCUCAAGGCUUUCGAUGAGAUGAUUUUGGAGCGCGUUAGGCCAAAUCAUAUAACACUGACUUGUGUUUUAUAUGCUUGUUGUCAAGGAGGAUACAUCGAUGAAGGAUUGAAGUACUUUGAGGCAAUGGAGUGCGAGCAUUGCAUUGCCCCCGGAGAAGAUCAUUAUGUAUGCAUAGUAGAUCUUCUAUCGAGAGCAGGGCGAAUAGCUGAGGCGGAAGCUUUCAUUCGAAGUGCACCUUUCAAGCCUAGCGUUCGAGUGUGGCAAACUCUACUUGGUGCUUGUAGAGUUUACGGUGAUAUAGAUACCGGUGAGCGGGCAGCAAAAGCAGCUCUCGCGCUUGAUAAAAAUGAUCCUUCAACCUAUCUUUUGUUGUCGAACAUGUUCGCUAAUUCGAGCAAUUGGGAUGGUGUGAGUAGAGUAAGAGAACUCAUGGAGAAUUGGCAAGUGAAGAAAAUACCGGGUUGGAGCUGGAUUGAGGUCGCAAAAGAUGAUAAUCAUCGUCUAAAGGUUAUAUAGCCAAUUAAGGCAAUGUUAAUUAGUGUUGGUAUUGAAACAUCGACUAAGCUUUUAGGUUGAAUUGAAUCCAUCAUCUGAAACGAGAAGAAAGACCGGAGAGUUUGAAGAUGCCGGGUUUACUUGGAAGAGUUGAAUGAGAAGUUCUUCUCCAAAUUUUCUACAUAUGAACUUAAAAAUCAAUGGGAUGAUGUCACAUUUGUUAUAGAAAUUGGCUUUUGGAUGCAUACCUUUGA